AUGAAGAAGUUCCCGGUACCGGAACCAAUCUCAGUAUCUGUUUCUCUCGAAACGUCAUCAUUUAUCACAUGGGAAAAACUUGGAGAAUCAAUGAAACAAAAAUAUGAGCAACCAUUGCAUUAUCUAACCCAAAUUCUCUUGAAACAAUGGGAUGAAUCAAGUGGCAAUGGCAUCAACAACAACAAUAUUGAAGUGAUGAUAAUGAAGAAGCAACCUAUUGGCAAUGUUAUUGAUCCACGCACAGCUGAAGCAACUGUGAGGGUUAUUGAAAAUUUCAAUAGGCAAUUUGUCUCUCAUCAUUACCUUGCCAAACUCUGGCUUUCUGAUCCAAAUUAUCAUCAUUUUGUCGAUGAUUUGCAAAAUUACUCAUCCUUUGAUUAG